CAGUUGAGCCCUUCCGCUCUCCGUACAGGAAUUUGUAGUCUGCAUUACGUCAGUUAUCCUGCCAGCGGCAAGGAAGCAGCUCCGUCCAGGAGGAGUUUGGUUGUUUUUUUCUGUGGAGCAUUAAAGGGAUUCGUGUGAUUUUUUUUUUUACCCCAUGUCGUAUUCAGAGAUUGGAGUCCUGGUCUGAAGACGGGGAGGGAUGAAUGUUUGAAGCGACGCAUCACGACUCUUCUGCUUCAGUAUGAAAAGUUUGUAAACGGGCUUGGAUAUCGACGACGCUCUCAGAAAGUAGAUGGAGGAACCAGAAGGUACAAAUGAUUGUUACUGCGCGGGCUGUGGUGGAAAAAUUCAAGACUCGUUUCACAUGAAAGUCCUCCAGGACACCUGGCACAACGCCUGCUUUCAGUGUUCUGUGUGCUGUGACCACCUGACCAAUUGGUACUAUGAGAAGGAUGGAAAGCUGUACUGUCGCAAACACUACUGGGAGAAGUUUGGAGAGCUCUGUCACGGCUGCUCUCUGCUCAUGACUGGACCCGCCAUGGUGGCCGGAGAACACAAGUAUCACCCUGAGUGCUUUGUGUGUCUGAGCUGCAAGGUGGUGAUUGAGGACAGGGACACCUACGCCUUAGUCGAGCGAUCGAAACUCUACUGUGGAAAGUGCUACAAGCAGGUGGUCCUCACACCCAUGUUGGAAAAGCGUUCGCACGACUCUGUCCUGGACUCCCUGCCCCACACAGUGACCCUCAUCUCGAUGCCCUCUGCAGCCAACGGCAAGAGGGGCCUCUCCGUCUCUGUGCUGAGGGACGUCAACGGCUUGGCGAGUGUUCAAGUCAAAGAAGUCAGAGGGAUGCUUAUUAGUCCAGAGGUGCGAAAUGCCAUCCAUGCUGGGGACAGGAUCCUCGAGAUCAAUGGCCUUCCUGUCGGGACUCUGAUGGAGGAGGAGGUGGAUGAUCUUAUUCACUGCACCAGUCACACCCUGCAGCUGCUUAUAGAGUAUGACCCAGUCAGGCAGCGUUUAGACCGACUCAGGCUGGGAUCACCAAGAACCAGUCUGGGAGUCCCGGCCACCUCCCGCAUGCGUCUGUCCUCUCCUUCUGAUGCAGUCCUUGAGAGAACCGAUGUGGUUGAUGAUGGCACACUGAAAAGAAGGUCUUUGAGGCGGAGUAACAGCAUAUGCAAAUCGCCCGGGCCAAAUUCUCCUAAAGAGACGCCUUUUAUCACGCGAGACAUUGGGCGCUCUGAAUCACUGAGAUCCCCCAGUAGCUGCUCUCAUCGCAUCUUUCGGCCGUGUGACCUCAUCCAUGGAGAGAUCUUAGGAAAAGGCUUCUUCGGACAGGCGAUCAAGGUGACUCAUAAAGCCACGGGGGAGGUGAUGGUGAUGAAAGAGCUGAUCCGAUGUGAUGAGGAGACCCAGAAAACUUUCCUGAAGGAGGUCAAAGUCAUGCGAAGCCUCGAUCAUCCCCAUGUGUUGAGGUUCAUCGGUGUGCUUUACAAGGACAAGAGGCUCAACUUGAUUACUGAGUUUAUCGAGGGAGGAACCUUGAAGGAUUUCAUCAGAGACACUGACCCGUUUCCAUGGGAGCAAAGGGUGAGCUUUGCAAAGAGCAUCGCUUCUGGCAUGGCCUAUCUUCACUCAAUGAGAAUCAUACACAGAGACCUCAAUUCUCACAACUGCCUGGUUAAACUGGACAACACUGUGGUCGUCGCAGACUUCGGACUGUCCCGACUCAUAGUGGAGGACAAAGUCAAGCCUCCACCUGAAAAACCUUCCACUAAGAAGAGGCUGUUCAGACGUGUUGACCGAAAGAAGCGGUACACUGUUGUGGGAAAUCCUUACUGGAUGGCUCCAGAGAUGCUAAAUGGUAAGCGCUAUGAUGAGAAGGUGGACAUUUUCUCCUUUGGAAUUGUACUUUGUGAGAUCAUUGGAAAGGUCUACGCAGACCCUGAGUGCCUCCCCAGGACUCUGGACUUUGGUCUGAACAUUGGAAAGUUUGUGGAGAAGUUCCUCCCUGAAGACUGUCCGCCAGCUUUCUUUCCACUGACUGUGGCCUGCUGUGACCUCACACCAGACAACCGUCCACCGUUCCAGAAGCUGGAGGACUGGUUUGAAGCUCUGUCCCUCAACCAGGAGCUGGGGAUCCCCCUGCCAGCUGAACUGGAUGAACUGCAUCAGAGUCUGAGUCGACUCCACUGGCCUAAAGAUGUCUCACCAGCUCAGAGUGCAGAUCAGUCACCAACCCCAACAGCAGUUUCUCCAGACUCAUCUGGUAUGACAGACAGUAGCACCUAGGACCUGUACCUCCCCCUUUUUUUAUUUUCUGACCACUCUGAACUGCUGCACUAAUACUGUGGAUGAGAAAAAGAGGAAAAUUGCAUUGAACCCGAGCCAUAUAUGAACUGGAUAACCUGAGGUAGCUGGACCAGUCUCCCUGUGUGGGGCCUAAACUCUUCAGAGGGCCCAUGAACUGCAUUGUGGGUGGAAAGACACAUUUCAAAGAGACAAGUGUUAGUCACUAGAUUUUUUUUUUUGCCCACAGAAAAAUCAACACACAAAGGGUUGUAGUAAUGUUUACUGCAUAUAAAGGAAAUAUGCAACUUUCCCCAACAGACAACAAACAUCUUUUUAAGGUGGAAGGCUUCACGUGACAGUAGUUUUGUUUUUCUGGUUCUGAAGUUGUUGUUUGCUAUGUGUGGAAUGCACAGAUCAGUCCUUGGCCAGAAGAGGGCUCAUCUUAACUGUAGCAGCAAAGACGACAGCGAUGCUUGACAGUCCAAGUAAACAGAGGGGCAGGGUUUGAAACACACAGGUGUGACUUAAGGCAGCAGUGAAAGCAAAACACUCGCUGACCCUGAAUAGUUUCAUCACUCUGAGAUUUGACACGAGAUGGCAAAAGAAUGUUUAGAUUUGUUUUUCCAUCUCAGCACCCCCUGAUCUCCUUUUUGACAAGAUGGUUACAAGUAUGAAACUGUACUUUGUAGUGUAAUGAUUGUAAUUCAGUUCUUAGAAUGACGAAUAAACACUAUUUAGAUUUUUCAACACCUGAUAACUAUUUUAAAAACACUGAGCAGAGGCUCUUUAUUAAUAAUUGUAAGACAUCAUCAUCAUCGUGCAAGAGUUGACCAUGAAAAGUUGCUUUGUGCAGAAAACUGGAUUUUUUUUUUCUUAAGAAAUGUAUAUAAAUGUGUACAUAGUAUGCCUCUAACUGGAUGUCAUUUUCUAAUGGGAACUCUAGAUUUGUAGAUUUUUAGACAUUUCGUCAACGAUGGACGUUUUUGCCUUUUUGCUAUCUUCAUGCGAGGUACUGACGACCAGUUGUAACCACUAUUAUUUAUAUCAUUGUAGUGUUUCAUAAAUAAACCCUCUGAAAGUUGGA